CAAUUCCUAGUUUCAGCCGUAUUAGUAUUCGUUCACGCACUCUGCUUUUCACAUUCUCCAGCAAACUGUGCCGCUUCAGACUAGACGCAAAAUCACCAGACGUUAAAUGUCAUAAUGCCAAUAAAUCUGCCUCAUAUCUUGCGUCAAGUUGAAGAAGCAUGUAAAGCAGUAGGCUUGUCCUUUGUCUGUGUACAUGCGAAUGCAGUCCCCAUGUAACCAAAAAUUUUGUCGUUUGGUCGCAGUUUCGAAAGAAAAGCCUAUUCAGUCUAUUAUAAAAGCUUAUAAUUUUGGACAAAGACAUUUUGGAGAGAAUAAGAUUAUUCAUUUGUAUGACAAGAGUUACGCACCGGAGUUGAUUAAUUCUUGUCCAGACAUUAAAUGGCACUUCAUUGGCCGAAUUCAAUCCAAUAAAAUAAGAAAGCUCGCCGGAGUUAACAAUCUGUACAUGGUAGAAACUGUGGACUCAAUGGAUCAUGCUGAUAUUCUUAAUUCAACGUGGGGGUUAAAUCAUCAGAUCCCUCUAAACAUAAUGAUCCAGGUGAAUACAAGUGGAGAGCCUCAGAAGAAUGGCAUCAAACCCACUGAAGUUAUUAAUCUGUACAAUCAGAUCGAGGUAAAAUGCCCCAACUUAAAAGUCGUUGGUCUUAUGUGCAUUGGACAAGAAGGAGUAGAUAUCAAUUCAGGUCCAAAUCCUGACUUUGUGAGAGUUACUAGCCUCUUCUUUAGGGAAGUCGCCGUUGGAUUUUGAACUAAGUAUGGGGAUGUCUCAUGAUUUUGAGCAGGCUAUACGACUUGGAAGCACUAACGUUCGCAUAGGAACGGCCAUAUUUGGGCAGCGAGACUCGGAAUACGUACUCAAACAGGAUACCUCUACAGACAAGCAAACUCCCACUUGAUAUUCUAUUGGUGUUGUUAAAACUAUCGUUGUUUGGCUCUCAUCACUUCAUGUAUAGAAGCCAGUCAUUUUAUGUUGUUAAACUCGUUUUGUUCCACAAACAUCUUUUAAAUUAUUUUGCUUGGUUAAUAAAGGAGUAAUACAAAUUUAACGGUAUUCUACCUGUGUCUAUAGUUGGAGCUCUGUUGUCUUUGUUAAGACUAAGUACAUGCUCAGCUUUUUAAAGGAAAGUAAUGUCAUCAUCAUGCGUUACACAUUAAGGUUCAUAACUACAACCAGUUUGAUUGUACUGUCACUUUUCAGUAAGGGAUGCACCUAAUAUCGCUUAGUUAAUCUGUUUCCGUACUGGGGUAGUUGUUUAUAUGUUGCUAAGACAUUUCUUCCUCUUCUUUCCACCUUCGAAAUACAUAAUUAUGUUCCCUCCCAGAAUUUUCCGUACAGAGAAAUCGCC